AUGGAACCAGCUAGAGCGUAUGCGGAACAGACAAAACGCUGGAUAAUUUUGCCACUGCACAGCACUUUGUCUGCUCAGGAUCAGGAAAAAGUAUUUCACGUGGCCCCGGAUGGAGUACGAAAGUGUGUAUUGUCAACAAACAUCUCAGAGACCUCACUUACCAUCGAUGGUAUUCGAUUUGUCGCAGACUCGGGCAAAGUGAAAGAGCUAAGUUGGGAUGCCAGUGCCCGUUUACGUCGACUCAAAGAGUUUCCUAUUUCAAAAGCCAGUGCCAAUCAACGAAAGGGUCGUGCCGGUAGAACUGGACCGGGUGUGUGCUUUCGAUUCUAUUCACAGGAGGAUUACAAUCAGUUUGAGGAUUUCAGUACCCCGGAAAUUCGUCGAGUCCCUCUUGAUACAUUGGUCUUGCAAAUGAUGGUUAUGGGUUUGCCAGAUAUUAAAAGAUUCCCUUUUAUUGAACCACCGGAGGAAAAAUGUCUAGAGGAUGCCAUAGAACGACUAUUGUCGCAUGGCGCUCUGCUGAAAAUACAGUCGAAUCAAACUUCGAAACCGCACUCCUCGAGUGCAUCGAGUUCGUUGAUCAUUACCCCCCUUGGUCGACUGCUGGCCGAUCUACCGGUCGAAUUCGCACUUGGGCGAAUGCUAAUCAUGGCCUCGAUGCUCGGACUGGUCGAACCAGUGCUCAGUUUGGUUGCGGGAAUGUCUGUUCAAGCUCCUCUAACUCCAGUGACCUCUUUCGGUGGAUCGGAACUGGCCCGACGUAUGGAGGCACUAUCCGANGAAUACGAAAGUGAUCACGGUGACGCAUUCACUGUGAUGAAUGUGUUCGACGAGUGGCUCCGUGUAGGUUGCUCUAUCCGAUCGUCCUGA